UUUCUGCAUAUUUGUUUGCUGAGUAUUAAAUACUCCAAUGAUUGCUCUAUUUGUUAAAUCUGAAAUGAAAAUGACUCAGCAGAAAGGAAAACAAACCUUGAGUGCCCUGAAUGAAAAUCUAGGGUCUUGAAGCAAGUAGCUUUUCUUCUCCCCACCAAGCCCUAAUCUUCAACACAAACACAAGCUCAAGCACCACACACAACUGUGCACACACCACAUCUUGACCAGACUUCCAUUUGACCCAAGUCCUUUUAUCUCAUUUCUCCUUCCCACUCCAGCCUUUCCAGGGCCCCACCCUUUCCUGUAGGAAGGCCAGUCUGAGUUUAGGUGGAGGGGCCCUGGCUGCAGGCCAUAGCUGAUUUUCCAGGAGGGCAGGCACUUUCUCUUUGGCCCCCAUCACAGACUCAGUGUGAAGAUCCCUAGGAGAAAUCAGAGACUUUUUAUUCUUUGGCAAAGUGGUGGUCACCUCAGAUUUUUCUCUAGUUUAUGGACCUGCAAAGAUGGAUUGUCUAGGGAGAGUGACCAUCUGCCAGAUCAGAUGUGCUAUGCUUUGUACACAAGUUGUAUUCCUUAUAAUAUAGUUUAAGGUAUAUUACAUCAUAUACUGAAUUACUGGGAGGAUUUGCUAUCAAAGGAACCCAACAGUGGAUCCUUUUGUGAAAGUGAAGAACUAUUUUGUAAUGUGGAGACUUCCUCAAUGAUUUAGGAGUUUGGCUCAAGUUCUAACACCACCUUCUGAGAUGAUCCUGAUUCCCAGAAUGCCCUGGAUGCUGCUCCUGCUGCUGACUAUCUUGAGUUCUGCAAAAGCUCAGGUUAAUCCAGCCAUAUGCCGCUAUCCUCUGGGCAUGUCAGGAGGCCACAUUCCAGAUGAGGACAUCACAGCCUCCAGUCAGUGGUCAGAAUCUACUGCUGCCAAAUAUGGAAGGCUGGACUCAGAAGAAGGGGAUGGAGCCUGGUGUCCUGAGAUCCCGGUGGAACCUGAUGACCUGAAGGAGUUUCUGCAGAUUGACUUGCACACCCUGCACUUUAUCACUCUGGUGGGGACCCAGGGACGCCAUGCAGGGGGCCAUGGCAUUGAGUUUGCCCCCAUGUACAAGAUCAAUUACAGUCGGGAUGGCACUCGUUGGAUCUCUUGGCGGAACCGGCAUGGCAAACAGGUGUUGGAUGGAAAUAGUAAUCCCUAUGACAUUUUCCUCAAGGACUUGGAGCCACCCAUUGUGGCCAGAUUUGUCCGCUUUAUACCAGUCACUGAUCACUCCAUGAAUGUGUGCAUGAGGGUGGAGCUUUAUGGCUGUGUCUGGCUAGAUGGCUUGGUAUCAUACAAUGCUCCAGCUGGACAGCAGUUUGUAUUACCUGGAGGCUCCAUCAUUUAUCUGAACGAUUCGGUCUAUGAUGGAGCUGUUGGGUACAGCAUGACUGAAGGGCUGGGCCAGUUGACAGAUGGGGUAUCAGGCCUGGAUGAUUUCACCCAGACCCAUGAGUACCAUGUGUGGCCGGGCUAUGACUACGUGGGCUGGAGGAAUGAGAGUGCCACCAAUGGCUACAUAGAGAUCAUGUUUGAAUUUGACCGCAUCAGGAAUUUUACUACUAUGAAGGUCCACUGCAACAACAUGUUUGCUAAAGGUGUGAAGAUUUUUAAGGAAGUACAGUGCUACUUCCGCUCCGAAGCCAAUGAAUGGGAACCUAACGCUGUCUCCUUCCCCCUUGUCCUGGAUGAUGUGAACCCCAGUGCUCGGUUCGUCACAGUGCCCCUCCACCACCGCAUGGCCAGUGCCAUAAAGUGCCAGUACCAUUUUGCUGACACCUGGAUGAUGUUCAGUGAGAUCACCUUCCAAUCAGAUGCUGCAAUGUACAACAACUCUGGAGCCUUGCCCACAUCACCCGUGGCGCCCACAACCUAUGAUCCAAUGCUUAAAGUUGAUGACAGCAACACUCGAAUCCUGAUUGGCUGCUUGGUGGCCAUCAUCUUCAUCCUCCUGGCCAUCAUUGUCAUCAUCCUCUGGAGGCAGUUCUGGCAGAAAAUGCUGGAGAAGGCUUCCCGGAGGAUGCUGGAUGAUGAAAUGACAGUCAGCCUCUCCCUGCCAAGCGAGUCUAGCAUGUUCAACAACAACCGUUCCUCAUCGCCAAGUGAACAGGAAUCCAACUCCACUUAUGAUCGCAUCUUUCCCCUUCGCCCUGACUACCAGGAGCCCUCCAGGCUGAUACGGAAACUCCCAGAAUUUGCUCCAGGGGAGGAAGAGUCAGGUGAAGAUGAAAUAGUGGGCAAAGAAUUGAGGGACAAGAUUUAUGAAGGCUGCAGUGGCCUUGUGAAGCCAGUCCAACCCAGCGGGCCUGAGGGCGUGCCCCACUACGCAGAGGCUGACAUUGUGAACCUCCAGGGGGUGACCGGAGGUAAUACCUACUCUGUGCCUGCCGUUACCAUGGACCUGCUCUCAGGAAAAGAUGUGGCUGUGGAAGAGUUCCCCAGGAAACUGUUAACUUUCAAGGAGAAGCUAGGAGAAGGCCAGUUUGGGGAGGUUCAUCUCUGCGAAGUGGAGGGAAUGGAAAAAUUCAAAGACAAAGAUUUCGCCCUAGAUGUCAGUGCCAACCAGCCUGUCCUGGUGGCUGUGAAAAUGCUCCGAGCAGAUGCCAACAAGAAUGCCAGGAAUGAUUUUCUUAAGGAGAUAAAGAUCAUGUCCCGGCUCAAGGACCCAAACAUCAUCCGUCUCUUAGCUGUGUGCAUCACUGAUGAUCCACUCUGUAUGAUCACUGAGUACAUGGAAAAUGGAGAUCUCAACCAGUUUCUUUCCCGCCACGAGCCCCCCAAUUCUUCUUCUAGCAGUGUACCCACUGUCAGCUAUGCCAACCUGAAGUUUAUGGCUACCCAGAUUGCAUCUGGCAUGAAGUACCUUUCCUCUCUAAAUUUUGUUCAUCGAGACCUGGCCACACGAAACUGCUUAGUGGGUAAGAACUAUACCAUCAAGAUAGCUGACUUUGGAAUGAGCAGAAACCUGUACAGUGGUGACUACUACCGGAUCCAGGGCCGGGCAGUGCUGCCGAUCCGCUGGAUGUCUUGGGAGAGCAUCUUGCUGGGCAAAUUCACCACAGCAAGUGAUGUGUGGGCCUUUGGGGUGACCCUGUGGGAGAUGUUCACUUUUUGCCAGGAACAGCCCUAUUCCCAGCUGUCAGACGAACAGGUCAUCGAGAAUACUGGAGAGUUCUUCAGAGACCAAGGGAGGCAGACUUACCUCCCUCAGCCUGCCAUUUGCCCUGACUCUGUGUAUAAGCUGAUGCUCAGCUGCUGGAGAAGAGACACCAAGCACCGUCCCUCUUUCCAGGAAAUCCACCUUCUACUUCUUCAGCAAGGGGACGAGUGAUGCUGUCAAUAUCUGGUGACAUUCCGAUGGCCCAGGUCCUCCUCACAAGACCUACCACUCACCCAAGCCUAAGCCACUCCAUCUGGACAUUGAAUGGACCUGAGAGACACAGGCCUGUUUGCCUUUAUCUCUCUCUGUCCCUCAUCUCCCUCCACUCCACUCCACUCCCCUACUCUCUAACCCCUGACACAUAUAUACUUUUUUUUUUACAUUAAAGAACUAUAAAAGAAAAAAAAAAGCCUAGGGCAGAUAAAACCUAGUAAAGAACUUACUUGAUAUACUAGAAGUGUUGUUUAACAAAGGCUAGAUCAUUUAGAUAAUUUAUAAAGGUUAAAUAUGCUCGUGUUUAUAAAUGUGCAGAUGCUACAAUAUUUUUUCCAUAUUACCUUUUAAAAAUGGUUUCAGAAAGAAAAACUUGAAGAAUACUAAUGUCUUAGGAAGCGUGCGAUUAGGCUUAGGAAAACACUUGCUAAGUGUGGAGAAGCCAAUGAAAUGGUAUUAAGUAACUAAUCACAGAUGGUUUAGUUUCCUAAUUUGGCUCCUAGACAUGUCCUAAACCCUGCAUUUUCCUCUCCUGGCAAUGUAAAUGUUACUUGCUUGAAAAACUCCAGCUUCUUGGAAUGAGUGUUUUGUUCCUUUAUGCACAAGGAUCGGAGUUGAGGUCUAAUUGCAUAGGAAAUACAGAGGAUGUACACAGGAAAGAAUAUCUACUUCAAGGCUAUAUGAACAGGAAUUGUCAUUUGCAAAAAAUAGUACCUCGUGCAUGGAAGUAUUCUUGAAUAGAGAAUGGACACAGGAAAAGAAGCCUGUGGAAGGCAGAUAACAUGUUGCUAUUCAUUUCUGCAGGAGGUCCUCCUAUUAUCUUGUUCAGACAUUUUCAGGUGUAUGUUUUGGUGAGAGAGCCUGAUUUUGAGUCGGUACAAGCUGUUGUUUUGAUAUUUUGAUCCUAGGCCCUUUGGUUCAUCUUCUCCAAAUCUUCCAGCUCUUUUAAUGGAUGAAUCCCCAGUGGGAUCCAUGGGCCAGGGGUUGGAUUUCUCAGGCAUAAAUAUGAAGGCUAUGUAUAAUAGGGAAUAGAUGUGUACUAAGUGUUUCUGAAGUGUUGGACUGAGGACCAAUGAGGGGAAGUUACAGGGAGGUUGAUUUCUACACGUUAUGAAGGAAAACAUAACCAGAAACUGAACAUACAAGGAUGAACGGGCUGCUGCCAGAAGUGGGAAGUUCUUUGUCACUGAAGAGGUUCAGAUACAGGCUGAAUAGCUGGACAAGAAAGAUGUAGGCUUUCAAACACAAGUUGUUGUGGCAGGUGAUGUUUAAUGUCCCUCUACCCAUAAGAGACCUUGAGAGGUGCAGGUAGGGCAUGAUGGAGGAGGCAUCCAUUGCUCCUGCUUCGUGUUCAUGCUCUUGCCUUGGAGAUGGUAUGACCAGCAGAAAAGGAAGCCUGAGGCUCUGGCUUCAGAAUCCAUGGGCACUGAUAACACUGUCAAAUAAGAGUUCCCUUAGAAUGGAUUCUGAGCUUUCAUACUCCACUAACCCUCAGAUGCCACAGGAAGAAGGGACCCUCAAUUUCUGCUGAGGAGAAACAAGAAAAGAUUACAAAAUAAGUUUGCAAAGUUAGGAGAAAUAGUCUCAACUACUUGCGUCUGUUUCUGUUGCCUUCACCCCGUCUGCUUUACACACAGUCUCUCAGGAACUCGAGUGUUUCCCCUUGUCCAGACUUUAGGAUUUCUCCAGGCCAUGGCAGAAGCAUAAAUCCCCAACCCUCAAGAUUCAUUUUGCAGGUCAUCUUCCUUCCCCUAGCAAAUACCCUUUUCCCAUGGUUGUCUUAUGACUCUGGUCUUUAGUGUCUCCCAGGACUAACUGAGAGCAUCACUUUGGGAACUCUGAGGCUAUUUUGGCCUCAAGCAGGUGUAUCAUCUUGGACAAGUCCCUUUACCUCCCUGGAUUUGGAGCCAACAGGAUGAGAUGGCCUUGAAGUGUCUUCCAGUUCUGAUACCCGUGGUGCUUCUUGGAUAAGUGGGUCUAUAAGUGAUUUAGACUCAGUUAUCUGGAUGGCUCCUGCUCUGAAAAUUGGGGUCAGCAAAAGAAAUCAUGUGGGGAAGUUAUUAUGGUAGCAGUAAUAGUAACACCUAUUUAGUGCUUUAAAGUUUGCCAUGUAUUUCCAUAUACAUUAUCUCAUUUGAAAUAUGUAGGGCCAGACAUGUUUUAUUAUGGCUCAUAACUGCUAUACUCUCUAUACUCUCAAGAUCAGAGUUAACUUCAUGUAUUAUCCAGAGUUCUCAGGAGAAACAGAACUAAUUAAAAUAUAUAUGUUGUGUGUGUAUAUAUAUGUAUAUAUAUGCACACACAUGUACACAUAUACAAACACGUAUAUAUAUGAAUGAUUUAUUAUAAGGAAUUGAUUGGUUUACACAGUUAUGGAGGCUGAAAAGUCCCAGUCUGCCAUCUGCAAACUGGGGACCCAAGAAAGCUGGAGGUGGUAUAGUUCUGAGAACCAGAGGGCCAACGGGAUAAGUCCCAGUUGAAGACAGGAGAAGACUGAUAUGUCAGCUGGAGCAGUCAGGCAGAAAGGGCGAAUUCCCCGUCCUUUUUUUCUUCUAUUCUGGCCCUCAUCAGAUUGGAGAGGGCAAUUUGCUUUUACUCAGCUCGCCAACUCAAAUGUUGAUCUCAUCCGGAAACAUCCUCACAGAAACACCCAGAAAUAAUGUGAAAUCUGGGCGCCACAUGUCCCAGUCAAGUCGACACAUUAAAGUCCCUCAUCACAUAUCACUGGAAUUAAAGGGACUUAAAAUAAGAGCUAAUUCUCCUUUACCCACAUACCUCUGGCAAGGCUACAUCCAGCCCAGGCCAUGAUUUCCUAUGUGGCAGGAGGAAAGACGUAAUUUCCCCUUUCUUUGCCUGACAUCUCUCCACUUACUUCUUUUUAUAAAUCUGCCUCCAUACACUGCAUUUCAUGACCCCAUUAAAAAAAAUCAUAUUUAAAAAUGAACUUAGUAUGUCUGCAUUUUCCUGGCCUUGAGUCAUAGUCUAUUUCAAGUGGCUGGCAAAUAUGUAUUGUCCUGUACAGUUAUCCUUUUCUGGGGGUGAGGAAGGGUCCAUUUUCCAGCACUAAGACUUUUGUAUCACAGACACGGGUUUGGCUUCUCCCUUGGUCAUACCCACGGAGUUUAGCAGCACAAAACUAAGACAUCCAACGGAAUGCAUGGCGAAGGUUUAGUACCUAGGACUUAAAAGUAGCUGGAGUCUAAAUUAGAAGAAUGAAGCCAGGAAUUAUGUAGAAAAGGAGAUAGGAAAAGGAAUGAAAAACUGUGGGACUUUGUUACCUUUCUAGGAAGUUAUCCUUUUCCUUGAUAAACAUGAAAGAUUUUAUGUCCAGACUGUGGUUUUGAGUAGUCAGAUUUAAGUUUAUCCUUUUGCUGGCUAAUAUGCUGAUAGCUAAGUCCAAAUCUUGAUGUGCUGUCCAGACACAUAAGUGCUCAAAAAAGAUGUGGAGUAGAAAGAGGCACCCAGCAGAGAAAUGUGGUUUCAAGGCUAUGGAAGAUCUCUCGCAAGUGUACAAGGCUGUAUAGCAAAAGGCAUUGUAUGGAAGUAGAGUAAUGGAUGAAUAAAUGAAUAUUCAUGUGACUGGAUGGGGAGGCAAGUGGGGUUUAGAAAGAAGGCUACGUAAUAAGUGGUAACAGAGUGCAUGAGAAGGACUAGAGAGGUCUGGGCAAGCAAGAUAGACAUGGGGUUGUGGUUGAGAAUACAUUCUGAAGCCUGAAAGCUGAUCUGUCUGAAGACAGAGCUGAGAGAAGAUAGAAAAAGUAAGUGCCUUAAGGAUAAAAGAUCUACGAAUAAGGAGAAAGAAGAAAUUCUGGAAGAUAGAGAUUAAAAAAAUAUUUACUAAAAAAUGAAAAGUCAGAUGCAGCAUAUGAUAUGGAAAGAAGUUAGUUAUUCCGGGUUUUAGAGAGGUUGAAAUCCAUCAUGAAAAUAUAAGCAACCAUCUGAAAUGACCUGUUGAUCUCAGAGGAAAUGGGAAAGGGUGGCAGUCUGAACAAACGUGUGUUCCUGACCACUUCAAAUGCUGGGGUUUAAUGAUGAUAAGAAGAAAUCCACUCUUUGUCUGAACUGGACCUGGUUUUCUAAGUACUGCUUUGGAAAUGAAGACCAAGAGAAGCGAAAUUUAUGGUAGUGUGUGAGGAUUUGUGUUCCCUUUCUUUGUUUCUGUUAAUGAAAUCCAUUUUAAAUUCAUUAUUGCUGUGCCCAGAAAGGCCACAGAGAAACAGUGGAACAAUGGGGUUAAGUUAGACUAGACUAAGUCUUGGUUGACAUCUGCUCCAAGAGCUACAUGCCAUGUUGGAACCAUGUGUUUUUCCAGUUCCAUCCAGAUAUCCCACAAGAAAGCCAUGAUGUGGGGUUAAACCAUAUGUUUUGAGUAGAGGCAAACAGAAUAAGGGGGGUAUCUGAAAGCAGGAAAGAUAUGAAGAUGAUCCAAGGAAAGAGUCUAAAACAGAAUAGCAUCUGUUUUGCUCAAAACUACAAAAAAAUGAAGAAAAUUACAGUUAAGGCUUAGAUUACUCCCAAUAUGUAGCUAUUAAACCUUUGAUCCUAAAUCGAGUUUAUUGACCUGGAACUUGCCAUCUUAGUCUUUUCAGUAAGACCUCUGACCUCUGGCAUGGCACAUGGUAGAUGCCUGGAAGAUGCAGAUCCAGAUCUGUGCUGAAAUUUCCUCCUGAAUUAAAACUUAACAUUUUCAUAGAAGUAGAUGAAUGUCUUUCCCACUUGGCAAAUGUAGAGAGACUGGAAUGGUUAAUGGUUAUUGGAUUUCUGGCAUUUUGAGUCCUCUGCUAUGAUUAACGGCAUUGCUUAGCAAUAGACAUGUGGUGGGUAACUGUUUAGUUGCUGUAUCCUUUUUUUUUUUCCCCCAACUUAUUUUGAAAUACUUUAAGACUCACAAGAAGCUGUAAAAAUAGUACAGAGUGGCCUUACCCUAACACCAAGCUUUCCUAUUGAUAACAUCUUACACAACCAUAGUCUAUUUUCAAAACCUGAAAAUUGACAUUGGUAUAAUGCUAUUACCUAAACUACAGAUCUUAUUCAGAUUUCACUAGUUCAUCACAUGUACACAUUUCCUUUCUGGAUACGUUUAACCCUUGCUGGUUUGUGGCCUUGCUUGAAUGCAUCAGAAAAGACAUUAUCUGGAUCCAGUUCUAUAAAAUCCUAAAAACAAUAUAACAAGUUAAUCUAUUUUUUUAAAUCAAUGUACAGUAUCCUGCCUAGACCAUUGCCACGUUUUCUGACUAGUUUAGCUGUUCAAAAUCUGAAACAAUCCAAGAACAGCUUAGAAAAAUCAGGCAACACAAAGGACAGUAAGACUUACCCAUAGCUUGCUAGCUAGAGACUAAGGUAUAGGAGGAACUUAUAGGUGGUUUCUGCAGUUCCUACAGUUGGUUUUGUGUGGUGGCAAGGAGAGGACUUUAGAAUAAGUAUUUUGGUCAAGAGCUGAGUAGCAUUUCAUUAAUGGCACCAGAGGUAGCUUGUGGAAGGAAUGGAGUACAGUUGGCAUAAACCCCUAGUGUGUAAUAAAGCACACUUCUCAGAAUAGUAGAGAAGUUUCAUUUGCCUAAAUAUCUAUUCUUAAACGGAAUAACAGCCAUAUUGGAUUGAAUUAAAUGCAAACACAGUAGCAAUCUAGCCUCAGGGAUUGGGGCUAGGGAUGGGGUGGGGAGUUGAAACUCUGGUUUUGUGGAUUACAGCUUUGAGUUUUGUGAUGGCAUUUUGAAGCUGCCCUGUUUAAGGGUCACAAAAUUUUACCUGUCUUCAGCUCUGCAUACCCCAUGUCCUGUAAACUUCCUAACACAUAAUGAGCACAUGAUAAAUAUUUGCUGAAUGUUGUUUUUUGAAUGAAUAAAAGGUAGCUGCAGAAACUUGACAUCUGGCAUAACAGGGGUGAAUUUAGGGAGACUUGCUUUGCUAUAAUGUAGAGGGUUUAUUUUCAUAAUGAGGAAAAUAAGGGAAAAGUGCCCAGACUUGUACCUAGUGAGGUGAUCUUGCAUUUGUAUAUUUACUGAUGAUGAAAUUUAUGUAUGGAAAUGCCUUCUUUGCGGUAUUUAUAUAGAAAUGCAAGGUAAUUCUCUACAGGACUCAUCAUCAAGAACUGGCAGAGACUCUGGCCCCAGACCCAGCUCACUUGUAUCAAGAUUUUUAGUUUGUCCCAUAAACACCUUGUCAACAACUUCAUGGGCCUUCAAUGGAGAAAGAUGGGAGCCCCAAGCUAGUCUGUUCUUACCCACAUUCACAACUGCAUGUAAAGGAAGAAUUUGCAAAGAGACUUGAGGGAAAGCAUGAAGGGUUAAGGGGAUCACUUACAGUGAAAAAUAGUUUUUUUUUAAAAAAGCCUUCAAAAUAAUGGAAAAUUGAGCAGAUUCCUUCAAAGGCACCAAGGGUUUAUAAUCUAGCCUAUUUAUUUUAUGUCCUUUACUAUUCAUGAUAUUCUAUUCUACCCCAUUGUCUGGUAACAUUUUCUGUGGUUGAGUUUCUGAAGCAAUGUGGUGCACACUUCCUAUGAGAAGGAAACAUCUGGGCUUUAUUACACAGGCUUUGGAGGGUGAUGUGUCUUGUUAAGGGGUAAAUGCAAACUGAUUUAAUUUCUGCUUAAAACUAUCCUAGUCAUUCCAAAAUAGAAUGCAUAAAAAUUCUCUGUAUUAGAAAAAGAAACAAGAUACCAAUUGUAUAUUGUCUUUUCUUUAUUUAUUCUCUGUAAGUCUGUCAGAUGAUAAAUUGUAAAUAACAAUGAUUAAAGAAAUAUGCUACUGAUG